AUGUUUGACAUAGUCGUUAUUGGCGCUGGUUAUAGUGGUCUUCAGGCCGCCUACUCUGCCCAGCAGGCUGGUUUGUCAGUUGCUGUUGUUGAGGCCCGUGAUCGCGUUGGCGGGAAGAGCUGGUCCGUCCCCCUGUCUAAUGGGCGCGGUGUUGCCGAUUUGGGGGCGGCAUGGGUGAAUGACACCCUUCAGCCUCGAAUCUGGUCCUACAUCAAACGCUUUGGCCUUCAAGAGAAUAUUGUGAAGCAGAGGUUGGGACAUACCGCCGUCUUGCUGACUGCUGAUGGUACUAGGAUCGAAUCCCCUCAAGGGGUUACCCCCGAGUUCUCAUCAGAAGAUAAAAAGAACUUAGAGAGGAUUCGGGAUCAUAUCCAAGCUGAAUCGUUGAAACCAAACGGCCUCCGUAAAGAGGACGAUGAUAUCUCCUUAGACCAAUAUGUACGCAACCUUGGUGGAAGCCCUCAAACAUUGGGAAUGGUGAACCUAUGGGUACGUGUAAUGCACGGGUUUGAGUCGACUGAAGAAUCGGCCGCUUGGUUCAUCGACUAUUGUCGCUCCAAUCGAGGUCUAUUGGCCAUUCGUGGUGAUGACGCAUCCGGUGGCAAUUAUAUGCGUCUCUCCUCAGGGACCCAGUCUGUCGCUAAGGGUAUUGCAAAUCUGAUAGGCCAUGGCAAGAUUCAUCUAUCUUCUCCGGUCGCGUCUAUUGAGGAUAACAAAACCUACGUCGCGAUAACCACGUCGAACGGAAAAGUUUUCAAUGCUAGAAAAGCUAUCAUCUCUAUCCCUAGUACUAUGUACAAGGAACUCAAUUUUUCGCCCCCACUUCCAGCUGCAGUUCAGGAGGUAACCAACGGAACAAGGCUUGGCCACUACAACAAAGCAAUUGUCUUCUAUGAACGACCUUGGUGGAGGGAUUUGGGUUUCAACGGAUUCUUCAUGAGUUAUAAUGGCCCUGCAUGCUUGGGUCGUGACACUAGUAUCGAUAAGGAUGGCGUCUAUAGCUUCACGUGCUUUGUCAACGGCGACGAAGGUAAGAAAUGGGCUAAGUUAUAUCCUCACGAGCGUCGCAAGGUAAUACUCGACGAAUUGGCCACCAUUUUCAACGUGGGGCCUGAUUCAGAAGUAUACCGACCUAUUGAGUUCUUCGAGCAAAUAUGGCAGCAUGAGACCUUCAGCAGAGGCGCUCUAGCCCCUGUCACAGCUCUUGGCCACUAUGCUAAAUUUGUUGAUGUGUAUGGAAAACCGGUUGGCAAUCUUCACUUUGUUGGGACUGAAUAUUCAACCGACUGGAAGGGUUAUAUGGAAGGAGCUCUUGCAUCCGGCGAGAAGGGGGCAAAGGAAGCUAUCGAUGCUAUUAGUAAGCAGACUCCUACAUCUAGACUAUAG